AUGCCUGUCCGCAGCUCAGUGGCCAUGACGACGACGGCCGCCAGUGCUCUCGUCGCCCUCCUCGUCGUCGCCGUCGCCGUCGCCGACGAUGGGGCGACGCUGGUGGAGAUCAAGAAGUCCUUCCGCAACGUCGGCAACGUACUGUACGAUUGGGCCGGCGACGACUACUGCUCCUGGCGCGGCGUCCUGUGCGACAACGUCACAUUCGCCGUCGCUGCCCUCAACCUCUCUGGCCUCAACCUUGAGGGCGAGAUCUCUCCAGCCGUCGGCAGCCUCAAGAGCCUCGUCUCCAUCGAUCUGAAGUCAAAUGGGCUAUCCGGGCAGAUCCCUGAUGAGAUUGGCGAUUGUUCAUCACUUAGGACGCUGGACUUUUCUUUCAACAACUUGGAUGGCGACAUACCAUUUUCUAUAUCAAAGCUGAAGCACCUGGAGAACUUGAUAUUGAAGAACAACCAGCUGAUUGGUGCGAUCCCAUCAACAUUGUCACAGCUCCCAAAUUUGAAGAUUUUGGAUUUGGCACAAAACAAACUGACUGGGGAGAUACCAAGGCUUAUCUACUGGAAUGAGGUCCUUCAAUAUCUGGGCUUGCGGGGCAAUCAUUUAGAAGGAAGCCUCUCUCCUGAUAUGUGCCAGCUGACUGGUCUUUGGUACUUUGAUGUGAAGAACAAUAGCUUGACUGGGGUGAUACCAGACACCAUUGGGAACUGUACAAGUUUUCAGGUCUUGGAUUUGUCUUACAACCGCUUUACUGGACCGAUCCCAUUCAACAUUGGUUUCCUACAAGUGGCUACACUGUCCUUGCAAGGGAACAAGUUCACUGGUCCAAUUCCUUCAGUAAUUGGUCUUAUGCAGGCUCUCGCUGUUCUAGAUCUGAGUUACAACCAAUUAUCUGGUCCUAUACCAUCUAUACUAGGCAACUUGACAUACACUGAGAAGCUGUACAUCCAAGGCAAUAGGUUAACUGGGUUGAUACCACCAGAGUUAGGAAAUAUGUCAACACUUCAUUACCUAGAACUGAACGAUAAUCAACUUACUGGGUCAAUUCCACCAGAGCUUGGAAGGCUAACAGGCUUGUUUGACUUGAACCUUGCGAAUAACCACCUUGAAGGACCAAUUCCUGACAACCUAAGUUCAUGUGUGAAUCUCAAUAGCUUCAAUGCUUAUGGCAACAAGUUAAAUGGGACCAUUCCUAGGUCGUUGCGGAAACUUGAAAGCAUGACCUAUUUAAAUCUGUCAUCAAAUUUAAUAAGUGGCUCUAUUCCUAUUGAGCUAUCAAGGAUCAACAAUUUGGACACGUUGGACUUAUCCUGUAACAUGAUGACUGGUCCAAUUCCAUCAUCCAUUGGCAGCCUAGAGCAUCUAUUGAGGCUUAACUUGAGCAAGAAUGGUCUAGUUGGAUUCAUCCCUGCGGAGUUUGGUAAUUUGAGGAGUGUCAUGGAGAUAGAUUUAUCCUAUAAUCACCUUGGUGACCUGAUUCCUCAAGAACUUGAAAUGCUGCAAAACCUGAUGGUGCUAAAACUGGAAAAUAACAAUAUAACCGGCGAUGUCUCUUCUCUGAUGAACUGCUUCAGCCUCAAUAUCUUAAAUGUGUCAUACAAUAAUUUGGCUGGUGUUGUCCCUGCUGACAACAACUUCACACGGUUUUCUCCAGACAGCUUUUUAGGUAAUCCUGGACUCUGUGGAUAUUGGCUUGGUUCUUCGUGUCAUUCCCCUGGCCACCGAGAGAAACCGCCAAUCUCAAAGACUGCCAUAAUUGGUGUUGCUGUGGGUGGACUUGUUAUCCUCCUGAUGAUCUUAGUAGCUGUUUGCAGGCCACACCGUCCACCUGCUUUUAAAGAUGUCACUGUAAGCAAGCCAGUGAGCAAUGCUCCCCCCAAGCUGGUGAUCCUUCAUAUGAACAUGGCCCUUCAUGUAUACGAUGAUAUAAUGAGGAUGACUGAGAACUUGAGUGAGAAAUAUAUCAUUGGAUACGGGGCGUCAAGUACAGUUUAUAAAUGUGUUCUCAAGAAUUGCAAACCAGUGGCAAUAAAAAAGCUGUUUGCCCACUACCCGCAGAGCCUUAAGGAAUUUGAAACCGAGCUCGAGACUGUUGGUAGCAUCAAGCAUCGGAAUCUAGUCAGCCUUCAAGGGUACUCAUUAUCACCUGUUGGGAACCUCCUCUUUUAUGAUUAUAUGGAAAGUGGCAGCUUAUGGGAUGUUUUACAUGAAGGUUCAUCCAAGAAGAAAAAACUUGACUGGGAGACUCGCCUACGGAUUGCUCUUGGUGCAGCUCAAGGCCUUGCUUAUCUUCACCAUGACUGCAGUCCACGAAUAAUUCACCGGGAUGUAAAAUCAAAGAAUAUACUCCUUGACAAAGAUUAUGAGGCCCAUCUUACAGACUUUGGCAUUGCUAAGAGCUUAUGUGUCUCAAAAACUCACACGUCAACCUAUGUCAUGGGCACUAUUGGCUACAUUGAUCCUGAGUACGCUCGCACUUCCCGUCUCAACGAAAAGUCUGAUGUCUACAGCUAUGGCAUUGUUCUGCUGGAGCUGCUGACUGGCAAGAAGCCAGUGGACAACGAGUGCAAUCUCCAUCACUUGAUCCUAUCGAAGACGGCAAGCAAUGAAGUCAUGGAUACCGUGGACCCUGACAUCGGGGACACCUGCAAGGACCUUGGCGAGGUAAAGAAGCUGUUCCAGCUCGCGCUCCUUUGCACCAAGCGGCAACCCUCGGACCGACCGACCAUGCACGAGGUGGUGCGCGUCCUGGACUGCCUGGCGAACCCCGAUCUGCCGCCAAAGCCAUCCGCGCAUCAGCUGGGCCAGCUGCCGCAGCCGUCUCCAGCUGUGCCAAGCUACAAAAACGAGUACGUCAGCCUGCGGGGCACCGGCGCUCUCUCCUGCGCCAACUCGUCCAGCACCUCAGACGCCGAGCUGUUCCUCAAGUUCGGCGAGGCCAUCUCGCAGAACAUGGAGUAG